AUGGCUCUUUCUAACAAGAUCCCGUCUCCCCACACGACGCUGAUACCGUUCAUCUCGGCCGAAGAGGCCGCGACGAUGGCGUAUCCGCCCAAUGCCAUGCCGGGUGCUCGCAAUGUAGAGACCUUUUACGGCACUAUGCGAGUGUACGAAUGGGGGCCGGCGGAAGGGGAGAAAGUCUUGUUUGUUCACGGAGACGCCACCCCUAGCCUGGUCUUCUCCAAGAUUGCCCAGGGGCUGGUGGACGCCGGAUACCGAGUAAUGCUUUUUGAUCUCUGGGGUCGGGGAUACAGCGACACGCCGCUGGGGGUAAGACACGACGUCCGUCUGUUCGCAACCCAGAUCCCGCUAGCCCUCGCCUCGUCGCCGCUCUCCUGGACCGGCAACGGCACCAGCUUCUCCAUCGUCGCCUUCUCGCUCGGCGGCCCCAUCUCCCUAGCCUUCGCCGGCGCCUUCCCGGCGUCGGUCCGCUCGCUAGCGCUCCUCGGCCCGGCGGGUCUGCUCCGGAAGCUGCCGGACGGGUACGACGACCCGCUCAUGCACCAGCCCGAGCUCGCCGCGUCGGACCAGGACAUCCGCGAGAAGGUGCGGCAGAUCCUCGGGGUCGCGCCUGCGGGCCCGGCUCUGAACGUCCGGCGGGAUCGGAAGCGAGCGGUUUCUUCGGAGCCGGGGACGGCGCCUUCGCGCGUCGAGAAGAGCUUCGAUAUGGGAGCGGUUUUCCAGUGGCAGUUCGACUACCACGAGGGACACGUCCGCGCGUUCCAGGAUACCGUCCGGUAUGGCCCGCUGCAGAAGUGCGAGGACGUGUGGGGCAAGGUGUGCGAUAUUAUUGCUGGUCGCACGCGGCCUGAUAGCGCGCUGCAUAAGUCCAAGCUACUCGUCUUCUUUGGCAAGGACGAUGAUGUGGUGGUCGGCGAGGAGACGACGGAGGAUAUAUUGAAGUUGUUGCCGUCGGCUCAUUUGCAGGUCGAGUACCUGCCGGGAGGCCAUGGGUUCCCGUAUCCGAACAGUGAGAAGAUUACUCAAACAAUUCUUUCGGUUUGGGGGGGCUCGAAGCUUUCUGUACUCUAA